AAACCGCUACAGUAUUAAUUUUAUCCUGUGCCACUUUACCUCAAGUUUGAUUUUUAAAUGUAUUGCGUAUAAUACAAGAUUCAAAAUUUGUUGGUUAAAAGGAAUCAAGUGUCUGAACGAUAGAAGCGGUUUUCUCAAGUGAAACUGUUUAUGCGGAGACACGCACAGUGAUGAAAGAAGUUUUUCGAAGGGCGGUCCUAAUCUAUGGACAGGGAUUAAAGCGAUUUGAAUCGCUCUCAAUGUUUGUUGACACUGUGGGUAAAAUAUUUAUCGUUAAGUACCGAUUGAAAUCAUUUAUAUUAACAUAUGUCGAAAUUGAUUACUGUAGCUAUCAAUUAAAGGAUUAGAAGUAUAAAGGAGCGCAUUAUGUAACACACAUUAAACGCAACGCGUGUGUUCUAUUAAAGUUCAGUUGAAGUAACACUAUUACUUUCAUAAUCUCUAGCUUGUGCAGAUAAGUUGCAUCUGUGAAUAUUUGGUUGUUAAAAACGUAAAACUAGCAAAUACUUAUAGACACAUGACAAUGCGGUAACGCAAGAGUCUUAAUCAAAUGUGAACAAUGGAACAUAUCGGAUUAUUCCUACUGACUCUGUACCUCGGCAGGUCGGGUGUGUCGGCCGCUGACUACCCGUUUGAUGCCGACUACCUGGUGCCGCCGAAGUGCCGCGCGUGUGACGUCAAGUCGUGUCCCCUUCUUACGUUCUGCGCCGGCGUCGUCGUGAAGGACCAGUGUGGCUGCUGUCCGCGCUGCUCUUCGGACCUAUUCCAGCCGCACGUGGAGCCGCACAAGCCGCCACCGGCGGAAAGGCCAACAGCUAGCCCGCCGGAACCGACGUUCACCUCUUCAGGUGAAGCCUGCCUCAGGCGUCGGUGUCCCAGAUUCAAGAUGUGCGUCGUCAACCAGCAAGGGCUGCCUAUAUGUACAUGCUCAAGCGAGUUCAUAUGUCAACGGCGGCAGACGAGGCGGAACAACCGAAAUAAAGAGGGACUAGUGGCGAUAUGUGGAACUGACGGUGUAACGUAUCCGUCAAGGUGCUACUUGAAAGUUGCUUAUUGCAACAGCAAACGGCGUAUCAAACAUAAGCAUGACGGCGCCUGCAUGACUGAUGAAGUCACAGACGUCAGGGGUGGAAAAGACACGGAGAAGGACAAGCCUGUAGAGGCGAUAAUAAACAAGAUUUAUCAGAAUUAUAGCGAAAUGCUACUAUAUAAACAAGAACACAAACGGCUUGGAGAAGAAAAACGAAGAGAACUGAAACAUCGACGCGAGGAGAGACAACGGGAAAAUAAGAAGAAAAAAUUAGGCGAGCAGAAUAAUCUGCGACUCAGAAGCCGCCGAAUGAAGAGAAGGAACCAGAGCUACAACAUGUUCCGAUUCAACAACGACAUGCUGUUUGGGAGACAAACACAAUGGAGUAGCAGUCAGGUUAGAAAGAGUAAGAUAUAAUGACGUCAUCGGUGACGUGGCGGGAACCUGUUAAAAAUAGAUCUACAUGUUUUCAUACGCAAUUUGAAAUUUACGAACCACAUUAUUUAAGAUGCUUCGAUGUGAUAAACAUAGAUGUCGAGUGCAUAUCAAUUGGUUUGUCAGACGUUACCGUUUGUGCUAUAAAUAUGUACCCAUGUAAUAUGGUUGCGUAAUCAUUUGCUGUGGGUAGAUCUAUUUGCAAAUAAUAAAAGUAGGACGUUUUACAUAACGUCCUAAUGAGUAGGCAAAACGGACUUAUUAAAAUGUGGAAUAAUACAUAUUUAUUAAUUUAUUUUUCAUUUUCCGUUACCUUUAUUUUUAACCUGUGUCUUUUCAAUAUUCUAUUUUUUUAACAAACAAAUAAGUUAUGUGUUGAUUAGAAGUCUUCGUGUAUCAUAUUGUACUGGCUCUUGCCAUCUUAAUACAGGUCUGGAUUCUUACAAACAUUUACGUCAUCUAUUUAAUGGGUAAUAUAAUAUCGAUAUUCAGUAUAUAAUGCCCAACAGGCAUCACUGCAUUAUUUCAAAGAAAUGUGCUUUAUCAUGACACUUAUCUGCAACUUUUUAUCUGUUUUUUUUUUCUAAUUAUCAAAAAGAUGUUUAGUUAUUUAAUGGAAAUGAAUGAAGCAUUAGUUAACAUUUAUUUGUAUUUUAAUUAUUCACAUGUUUGAACUAAACGAUCAUAGAGAAAAUUAUGACAUGUUCAUUUUACUUUUAUACAAUUUUAUCAUUUAUACAUAUAUUAUAAUAGUUAUGCAUCUUCAUAGAAACUCACACAUUGUUUCGUCAAAAGUACAAAAUUGUAUCUGAUGUAUAUUGAUUGUCUUUUUUUAUACCAUGAAUGCUCCUUUUUUAUGGCAGACCAAAUUCAAAGUGCCUCAUAAAACUGCAAUUGUGUUGUAUUUGUUAAUAUUAAACCUACCAGUAAUAAAACUACAAUUACAUAGAACUAAAGCUCAUGUUGUUUGUGUUGUGUUUUAUAUGUUGGGAUACUGUAAGCCCCCGGCAUGUUUUUACCUUGACCAUAGAAUAAAUCCCGUUUGUAGUAUAUGUGUCUGUGGUUAAAUUUGCUUAGUGUUUGACUGCAUACAUUUCCUUUUCAAUAAUUAUUGCAGGGUUAAGUGGAAGGUUUGGUAGGCCUUUAAACUUUUUUAACAUUACCCGUUCCAAGGCGGUGACUCCCGCUAAAAAAUCACUUUUGUAAAGUGUUGUGUAAAAUGGAUAGUCUAGUAUUAUAUAGGCAAAAAGGUCACUUAAAAGUUCAAUAAUACAAAAAUAGAUGAUGGUGACAAGAAUUUCUCCCCGAAUCAUAUUUCUGGAGUUUCAUUAUUAAUAUACUGAAGUAUAUUAGGCGCUUUACCGUGAGCGGUUUGGUAUUUGAUCAGUUACAAGUGAAUUUUCUUCGUUAGACGGGCCGAAUUCGUUCAGUCUGGAAAGUCAUUCAAUUUCCCGACAUUCUAGAAGUUUUUCAUGAUGGAAAUUCAAUCACUUAAGUUUGUUUCAGCGAUAGAUUUCGGUAGGCAAUUCUGGCAUCUUUUGUCUAAUUUAUACACUUACAGCCAGUCAACAGAGUCAGUCAUUGGUUUAUUAUUUCCCCGAAUGGUUACCGACGCGAACCAUGUUAUUGCCUUUUUAUUGGAUUGAUUUUUUGCGUUUUGUUAUUUGCAAACAAGCUCCAAAUAUUUGUGUCGACAGGAUAAAGGAUGUAGUAUCUUACUACACAUUAAUUAUCCACGUACGAUUUAUUUACAGAGAAACUAUCGAAUGUUUUGAACAUAUAUUUGAUUUUUAAGAAACAAUUACAAAUAUCAAACGAAACAAAAUGACACUGGCACCACAGGUAUAACCAAUAUGCAGUUAAGUGGCACAUACACCAUGCAUAAAACCUCCAUUUAUUUAAGCUCAAUCAAUUUUACAACAUUUUUUUGUUUUAUUAAUACAUAAGCACAGACUUUGGAAUCCAUUUUAAUCAAUUAAUAUGUCGUGGUUUUUCUAAAUAUGACUAAUGGAUUAAAUUAAAAUGAUUAUGUUAUUGAUAUCGCUACACAUUUUCAGAUUUUAUUUUGCUGAUUGUUUUACUUCUGGUUUUAGAAUUCAGAUAGUGAUAUUU